AUGAGUAUUAAAGAUCAAAACAGCCCUUUCAAUAGUAAUAUCCCUGUAAAGUGUCCUGUUUCAGAAAUCAUUAAGAGCCGAAGAGUUGAAGGGAAGGAAUGCUAUGAGGUUUCUUGGGAAGGAAUGGAUGGACUUGAAACUUCAAUAGUACCUGCAGAUCUUAUACAAAGUGCCUGCAAUGAGAAGAUUUUGGAGUUUGAGGAAAGAAAAGCUCAACGGAAGAAACAAAACAAUCAGAAAAGAAGACCAAAGAAAAAGGAAACUAAUUCAUCUGUGGCCGAGCUUGAUCUACAACUUCAGAAUUUGUUGCUUGGUGAUAAAUUGAGAGAGCAAGCCAACUUCAAUGUCUCUGAUUCUUCAGAAAGGGUAUCAAGAAUUACAAAUUCUAUGGCUGAAGCUGAUGUGAAUACCGAAGACUUGUUGCAUCCAUCACAUGACAUAGAACAUACUAAAUCGAUUCAGAAUACCAGCAACAUAUAUAGCAGCAAUAAGGCGGUUUCCACUACAGAUAAAAAUGAGAUCAUAGAUCUUCUGAGCCCUUCCCCACCUAAGAAAUUCAAUUUUUCUUCAAAAUGUGAGGAAUCAAAUGACCAAAAUGUCGAAGUGAUUAAUUUGAGUGAUUCAGAAAAUGACAUGUCCGCUGAAUACAAGCAGAAAGCCAAGGAGCUGAGAUUGUUCUUAGCUAGUAUUAGGAAUGAAAUUCAUUGA